AUGGAAGAUCAAGUUACAAGUGUAUCAAUUAUUGAGGAACUGCCAUCAGAUUUGAUCCUAUGUAUCCUUAAAUCCGACUGCUUGAGCGUGUCUGAUUUUGCUUGUUUGGAGACAACUUGCACUACAUUCGGUGGAAUCAGAGAACAGCUUCACCCAACAUUAAAGUUCCGAUCUUUAGUUGAUUUGGCAGUGUUUCGUCUAUGUGAAUCUCAUCCAAUAUACUCAUGUUUGAACGAAAGUCGAAAAAAAACACUUUUGCUUAGGAUGGGCAACAACUGGAAGCAAGCAUUGAAUUUCUUGCGAUCUGUUGAAGAAUCCUCAGAUUCUGUUCAAAGUAAAUCAGGAUCAGGUUAUAUACAGGUGACGGCAGGAAUUUCUUUUACAAUUGUUUUGAAGGAUUAUUCGGUGUACAUUUCGGGUGUUCGUUAUUUGGGUGACCAUUUAUUGAAGGACCAUUUAAAAUAUCACAAGUUUACUCUGAUUAGCUUCGACCAGCAGCCGUUAACAUCAUCAUAUGUGGAUAAUAUAGUCUCUGUCUCUACCAUGUAUAAUCAUGCUGCUUUUAUUACGCAAUCAGGAAAAGUUUUUACAUGUGGUAACAAUUCGUCAGGUUGUUGUGGGCAUACAACAGGUGGGUAUAGCCUUAAACCUCGGCUUGUGGAAGGCGCAUUGAAGGGAAUCCCAUGCAAACAAGUUGCAAUCGGUAAUAAAUUCACUGUCUUUCUUACAAGAGAGGGUCGAGUAUAUACUUGUGGGAGAAACAGUCACGGUCAGCUUGGUCAUGGAGAUAUGGUGGAUAGACCGACACCUAUGAUAGUAGAAUCGCUUGUAGAUUGUUUAGUAGUUCAGGUUUCAGUUGGUCUAGCAUUUACAUUAGCUCUAACUAGCGAUGGCAACUUGUAUUCAUUCGGGUCCGGCGAGGAUUGGUGUUUGGGUCACAGAGUUGAAAAGAAUGAGCUACGCCCUCGUCUGGUUAAGUUCUUUAAAAGAAGGAAUAUUCACAUUCUUAGAGUCUCUGCAGGAGCUGUUCAUGUUGUAGCUCUCGAUUCUAGUGGAUUGGUUUAUACUUGGGGGAGAGGUGAAGUAAGCCAGUUAUGUAAUAUAGAAUAUAUAGACGAUUUUAAAAGCCGUGAAACCACACCAUAUUUAGUGAACAGCCUGAAGAGUCAGAUUGCUAUACAGGUUAUUAAUUAA